AAUGGGGUCUCAGUUGAGUCACGAUUUAAGUUGAUCGUUUGGCCUCAGCUGUGUGAUCAGCAAACUACGGUCACAAGAGAAUUUCCCUAGUCCCGCCGUGGGUACAGUGGGAUUUGUCGUUCGGGACUCCUUUUUAUCCCGAGUGACUGAACAGUAGUAGCAUUGGGGUUAAAAACUGACCGUAAUACAGAAAUAAAGCCCUCGAUAACGUUUUCUCUGGGGUGUUUACGAUCUGGCUGCGAGGCCACGUGCGCCUGGGCUACCUGUACACAGGUAGAGUUCCACGAAGCAGCCGAUAGGGGGCAGUCCUGAUUUUAAAAUGGCCUAAACUGGAAAGCAAGCGGACUCAAAGCGCAAAGGAACGGCGACCGCUUUCCGUACCGUGCGAGGGGUUUGUUUGCCCCUACCCCCUCCCCCUUCCUUGUGAUGCUGCGGAGCGUUUGGUACCUUUCAGCGUACAAGGUGGGAAAUAAGACGUACAAGCUUUUCCCCCCCACGGCCUCGACACUGUAAUGCGGAAUUAAUAAACAAGGUGCGGACUGUCUUGAUGCUCUUCCUCCCAGGGUCUGCAGCCUCCUUUCCUUUCAUAAGCCAGUGAUGUCAUGUGAUAAGGACCUCCCUGAGAGAACGAUGUGAAGUUAGAUUCCGGGCUCAUAUCUUAAGGCUGAAAUAGUGGUAAGACGUAUCCCACCCCGCCUCCAAGGAUAAAGGCUUCUUUUCAUGGGUUUGAGGGUGACAGAGACCCUCUGAGAGCCUGUGAACUUCAGGACAUGAGUUCCCAGGGGCAGCCUGGUGGGCCAGUCCACCCUGGCUGCCAUGACAACCAGGGCGAGAUCAAGAAUAACAACAAGCAGAGUCUGUGUGUUCCCGAGGUAGACGCCGACACCAACGCCAAUGAGAUCCAGGACGUGGGCGGGACGGGGGACGUGGGAGCGCCACCCCCUCUGGUGUCCCAGAGCGAGGAGCAGGACAAGGUCAUAAUCUGGGGGACAGACUCUCAGUGCGACGACCCGGACCUGGAGGAGUUUGAGAUGCUGGAGUGCCAGGAGCUUGAGGCCUACCUGGUGGAGGAGGAGGAGGAGGAGGAGGAGGAGUACGGGAGAGGGGCAGAGUCAGUGUCUGGAGGUGGGCGGUUUCUGGAUGAGCGGCCCAUGCCUCAUAGCUCUGCCCCCACAAUGGCAAUGACGACAAAUAAAGAUGAAAGCUACGAGGACGUGGGGAGGGAGGUGAGACGAGGAGGGCAGGACCCAGAGUCCACUGUCUCAUUGUCGGCGAAGAGCCAGGAGAGAGCCGCGCGCCUCACCAAGGCCGAGUUCAGCUCGGAGAACGACGUCUUCGUCUCCUGCCUCUCCACCAUGUCCAGCCUGGGCGGCAGUCUGGCCAGUGCUCUAGACAGCACAGGCCGGGCCAAAAUGGCCGAUCCCUGCCCCGCCCCAUCCGCUCCAUCUCGGACUAUCUCUGAGGACUUUACCCUGGCCUCCCAGUCCGUCCCCAACGUUUCGGUGAGGUGCAGCGUUCUUCAGGAUAACGAAGGCCCCCUGGGUAAUUCUGGAAGAAGCGCCUCCCAGUCCAGCAGCAUCGACGUGAAUCUGAACUCGGCUGUAUUGCCACGGGAACUCGGAAGCUCAGAAGCGCGAUCGGGACAGGUGGAACCAAGGAUGAGGAGAAGCCCAUCGCUGGAUGGGUUGGGUUCACUGACUAACGGAGCGGGGAAAUGCCAGAGCCAUGCAGAGCGGAGUGACCACAAAGGAUACCCUCAGAUGACUGCGGAAGACCACGAGGAGGUCCACAAACGGGGGGAGGAGACACAGGGAGGCCUGGGAAACAAGCCCCACCCCUGCCCUCCGGACACCGUGAGGCCGAUGGCCAGCUCAGAGAGUGUGCGGCCAAACGUGGAGACUCAGGGCUCCAGGGCUUCCCCUACUCCAGGAGUGGGUUCGCAGAAGCCCGGUCCCAAGACGAGCGGGAAACCCUCCCAGGACACAGAGACGCCUGACGUGAACAGUAACCCCGUGAAGGCAGACCCCAGGGGAGGUCCUGGGGAGCCCAGGCCCCUGAGGAAGCAGGGCUCCUUCGAGCAAGGCCGCAGUUCCAGCCCCUCCUCCCUGGAGAAGAGGAACCAGCUGGCCAGGAAGCCCUGGGGGAGUCCCACGCGGGCUGUCACCCCCCCAUCCCCAAAGACCUCAGGGUCACCGAGGAGGAGAGGCCCAUCGUCCCCCGCUAAGACCGCCACCGCCACUAGAACCCCCCAUCCGGAGUGCCCUGAUGUUCCUCAAGGUGGCAGCGGUGUCUCCAAAUCUCUUGGGAAGGUGUGUCCCAGCAGCGGCAUCCCCAAACCAAUCCUCCAGCACCCCCCAAAGCCAACGGACAAAGUUGAGCCAGACAACAGGAGCACAAGAUCGCCCCCACCUCACUACCCACCCAAACCCAAAAACGUGCGCCCCAAAAUCAUCACCUACAUACGCAAGAGCCCUCAGGUGAAGCCCCAUGCCCCCGACGCCCCUUACGAGAUCGCCACACUCCCUUCCAGGCUAUCGCCGUACCCCAGCCCAAUGGCCAGCAAAGACCCCAAAACUGGGGGGCAUCACCCCAAAGCUGCCCCAGCGCUCAGCGCGGCUAACCUGCUGUACGAUAAGUACCGGCAGGAGAUGCAGAAAGCCUGCUACUACGCCCCAGCGCUGAUGGUGUCUGGCAUCAAAGCCCACAGUCACGCUGUACCCCACAAUCUGAGCGGGAAGUCAGAGAGCUUUUACGGGGAACUCACCGACAAGUACCUGCAGGAGAUGGGUAGAGGAGGUGCAGUCGCACUUGGGGUCCCCGGACGGGACGACCCCACGGGCCCGCCAAUGGGCCCCCACGAGGCCGCGGGUCUGUUCCGCUCCCCCCGGGUUCUGAGGCCUCAGCUGGGACUGGGCGCGGUCACCAGGCUGCCCUCAGCCAAGAACAGGAUGCUCGUGACAGGUCAGAGGUCAGCCAUGACCUUCAGCCACCCAACUCCGAUGGCCAGUCCACCUCUUCAGUGCUACCAGGACCCCUCAGACCAGGGCAGGAUGGGCUCAGAGACGGGCCCCCGAUCGAUCCUCCCUAAACCGGGGCAGUCAGGGCUGCGCCCCCCCGGGUACUCCCGCCUGCCCGCCGCCCGCCUGGCCGCUUUCGGCUUCGUCCGCAGCGCCAGCGUCUCGUCCGUGUCCAGCAACCAGUCCCACGACAGCGGCCACAGCGACCCCUGCAGGCCUACGCAGCGUCCAAGCAGUGGGAGUGAGGAUGUUCCCCUCCAAAGGGCCUCUGUCCCGCCCAGUGAGGGGUCCCGGGGCCCCAGCACCCCCGCCACCACCCGCCGCUCCCUGCUCCCCCCUCCCCGGGGGUCCCCUGUCGCCGCAAGGAAGGAGAUGCAGAAAGACCCCGAAGCUUCUCGGUCGGCAUCCUCAUCCCCGAAGAGGUUUGCGGUGGUCUCUCCCAAACCCCAGUCCCCAGUGCACACGCGUCAGAAGCCGGCGGCGGCGGCGGGGGUGGCGGUACGGGGCGGGGGGGGAGGAUCCCCCCGGCGGGACGGGGGGCAGGAUUCGGAGCGGCUGCUGGUGCAGAGGCUGAGGGAGAGGUGUGAGGACCAGGCCCGGCAGCUCCAGAGCCUGCAGGCCGAGCUGAGGAAGGCCACCCUGGGCCUGGAGGUCUUCGCCAUCACCACCCAGCACUUCUGUCAGAAGAGUGAGGCUGCUGUCGUGAAGGAGAGAGAGCUGUCCUUGGAGCUUUCCAGAAUCAGGGAUGAAGUGGCCUUUAACGUGUCGCGCUGGGAGCGUCUGCAGCGGGAAAAGGAGGACCUGGAGCGGCGCUUUGAGCAGGAGCUGCGGAGGCUGCAGGAGCAGCAGGAGGCGGAGCUGGGGGCGCUGGAGGAGCGGCUGAGGGCCCGACAGCGCGCCGAGAGGGAGCGCCUGCGCGCCCAGCAGCGCGCCGAGAUGGAGGAGCUGCGCACGCAGCAGCAGGAGCAGAUGGAGGAGAUGAACCAAAACCAUGACGCGGCCAUGGUGGAGAUGGAGAACCACCACAGCGUCACCAUAGCGACGCUGCAGGAGGAGCACGCCAAAACAGUCAGAGACCUAAUUUCAGCUCAUGAGCAGCAGAGGAGGGCUUUGGAGGAGGACUUUGAGAAGCUCAGACUCUCACUGCAGGACCAGGUGGACACUCUGACGUUUCAGAACCGCAGCCUGCGAGACCGAGCCAAGCGCUUUGAGGAAGCCCUGCGGAGGAGCACUGACGAGCAGAUAGUGGACGCUCUGGCUCCCUAUCAGCACGUCGAGGAAGACCUGAAGAGUCUGAAGGAGGUUGUGCAGAUGAAGAACCAGCAGAUCCACGAGCAGGAGAUAAAGAUCACCGAGCUGGAGAAAAUGGCUCAGAAGAACGUGGUGUUAGAGGAGCGGGUUCAGGUGUUACAGCAGCAGAACGAGGAUCUCAAGGCCAGGAUAGACCGCAACCUCGCCAUGUCCAGGCAGCUCUCGGAGGAGAACGCGAACCUGCAGGAGCACGUGGAGAAGGAGAGCAGUGAGAAGAAGCGCCUGAGCCGCACCAACGAGGAGCUGCUGUGGAGGCUGCAGACGGGGGAGCUGAGCCCGCGCAUGUCCCCCUCCGCCUCCCCCAUCCACCGGGCCUCCCCGGGCCCCGCCUCCCCCUCCCGGCUCCAGCCCUUCCCCAGAUGAGCGGC